UACUGUGGCCUUUUCUUCUUUUAUUUUUCAGAAAGAAACUUUUAGCCUUGUAAAAUAUUCUGAACCCUUAAACCCUAGGGUUUAAGAACCGGCUUUUGCCGCGAGCAAUGCCUCAGUUCAAAAUCCGUACGUUACUCUACAUAUCCGUAUAUAUAAACCCACAUUUUCUCACCCUAAAACUAUUAUGAAAUCUCUUUUAAGAACCCUAAUUAUAUUCCUUAAACAUGGUGGGUUUUUUGCAUGAUGAUCCCAUAAUAGGUAGUAAUAAUGAGCUUGAACAAGACAUCAAGAAUCAAACCUCUUCAGAGCUUAAGCAAGAAACUGACCCAUUUGACAUAUUUACCCCUGACCUAGACGAGUUCUCUUGCUCUUUUGCUGAUUCGUUUCUUGAUUUUGAUUCCUUAAAGGAUUUUCUUGCUGAGAGCCCCACAGUAGAUAGUAUGGCUGAUGUGAAACAAGACCCAUUUGAGGUUUGUAAUGAAGAAGCUGUUUUUGGCACUGUUAAUGGAUGUAAUGAGGUGGGUAUUGGUGGGAUUUGUGAGAAAGUUGAAGUUUUUGACAGAAAUGAUAAGGUGGGUAUUGGUGGAAUUUCUGAGAAAGUCAAAGUUUCUGGCGCCGUUGUAAGGGAUAAUGAGGUGGGUAUUGGUGGAAAUUGUGAGAAAACUGACAUUUUUGACACUGUUGACAGGGAUAAUGAGGUGGGUUUUAGUGGAAUUUGUAAGGAAGUUGAAGUUUUUGACGCUGUUGACGGAGAUGGUGAUGUGGGUAUAGAUGGGAUUUAUGGGAAAAUUGAAGUUGAAAAGGAAGGGGAUGUAGAGGGUUGUGAAAAAUUGAGUUAUUUGAAUCUUGAAAAGAGUAAAAUGGGUGUUAUUGAGAAGAUGGGUAAAGUUAGUAUAAAUAGUAGUGGUAGUGAUAUUGUUAGGGAGAGUGAAAAUAUUAGUAGGGAUGAGGAAAAAAAUGUGACAAGUGAGAAGAAAAACACAGGAACGAGUGAUGUGUCACAAGGUGGUGAUAGUGAUACUGAGUCUGAUAUAGAGAGUUCAUCUUGUUCAUCGUUGUCCGAGUUCACGAGUAGUGAUGAGGGAGGAAAAAGAAGAGAGGAUAGAAAGGGAUGGGGAAUCAAAGGGGAGAUGGAAUUGGAAGAAGGUGAGAUACAAACAUCUGAUGUAGAUGUAGAUAUAGAUGAGAUGGUUGCUUGGAGCGAAGAUGAGGAGGAGGAUUCAGGUGUUAAAGGACCCAUCAGGUCUAAGAACGAGCUUCCGGUUCUUCCCCCGGUUCCGAUAGUGAAUGCAACUUUGCUACCGCAUCACCAGACCCUGCCUGUUGGAGUUGUUUCAGCGAUUCUUGGU